GCUUGCCCGUGAAGUGGACCCUGGACACGGUUCGGAACCUCGCGCCGGCGUGGUUCUGGGAGCUGGUGUCCGUCUUCUCCGCGGCGCUGCCGUGGAUGCUGUGCUUCUACGACGCCGUGUACGGCUGCGCCGAGCUCACGAGCAUCUGCACGGGCCUCGCCUGCCUGCUGCUGCAGGCCAUUGACCUCGCCGGCCUCAACGCGAUCGCGCGCAUCGGCCGCGUGCUCGCUGGCGUCGGCCUGGGUGCCUUCUCGGCGGUGCCUCUUUUCAGGAGCAACACGGACAGCUGCACCUUCAUCCCGCUCCUCGCGUCGGGCCUGGCCCUGAGCAAGGGUAUCCAGUCUUGGGUGGAGAGUGAUGCCGCGAUGACGGAGGGGACCGGGAAUACCAUCCUCGACGGCACCGAGGGGAGGCUGCAAGGCAUCACGAAUCACCCCGAGAUCGAGUGGGCGGCGCUGCUGACGAGGCUCGUGGAGGAGAGGAUCAAGGUGACGAUACACACGCCUGGCCAGAUGGCUGAGCGCACGCUACAGUACGUGGUUGAGCAGACGGACCUCGCCCUCAGCAGGAUCCACGAAACCCUGUCCAGCGGAGCCCAGGGUCUCGUCCGCUCGCGCGCCAGCGGCGGCGCCUGGGCGCACUCCACGGACAGGCAUAUGGACCUGAUGAACGACUACGACCUGCUCCUGUCGGGCAUGCAG